AUGGAUAACCGCGGUUCCUUUUUCUUCUUCCUGCUGAUCUUCUACCUCCUUCUCAGCUCGCAGUCGCGUCCUCCACUGAUCGAUGAGGAUCGGCAGCGACAGAGGGAGCUCGAUCGAGAGCGGCAUGCGAUCCGGUUACUGAACGAGUCGUAUUAUGGGGACUUUGAUCCAGUGGCGGAUCAUUGGCUUCCUAUCUCGGGACUACGGAAGAACGAUACCUAUGCUUGGGAGCUGUUUUCGAACGUUCAAAGCCGUGUUCGCAAUCAACUUCAGUCCGUGUUAUCCAAUGCCGGUCUCGAGCCUUCAAUCGGCCGGAUCGAUUCCAACGCAUCUUCUCCGUUGAAUCUUACCAGGUUGUUUCUCCCGGUAUACCGCAAUACCACGGGCAAGCUACGCGGAGAAUGGGUCCGUCGCACAGAUUUACAGCGCACCACACCUCUGAACAUAACCGCCAUCGCGCAAGAACACGAAUACUUCACUCAUGAAUUCAGCUCGAAUAUCACGGGGAGCGGGGGCACAUUCCAUUUCGAUCUAGAGGAAGGUUCCGGCGAGGAGAUCCGCGUUGGAGAUGGUCUUGCUCGCGAAAUUAGAGCGAGCUUGACGGUUGAGAGUGAGGACUCCUGGGGUAGCACCUGGUAUGCCUCACUGUUUGGUGUACACUUCCCGGAAUCAGGUGGGAUUAUUUUGAGUACAUCGAGCGAGAAGUUUGGUGGCAUAUUCUCUUUGCCGCACUUUGCUCUCUCUGCGGAUACUUAUGAGCUGUCCCAUCGGCUUUUGCUCCAGUCACUCUCCGAUACCAUGUCGGAGAAGGAAGAUCGCCCUCCGACACUCUUUCCGUGGUCGUCACUUGCAGGUACCGAGCAAAUGGAGUUUCCUGCGCCAAAAUGCGAGCACAUUAUCUUCUUGCAACAGCAUCCUGUGACAGUCGAUGAUACUGUUGCAGAUCGGCUGCUCUUGGAGCGGAUCGAGAGGGAACUAAGGUAUCCCACGGGAGCACCUAUUCCAAAGCCCCCUCUUAUGAAAAUGUCUGCCGUGAUCUUCUCUCCGGAUUGUGGAUAUAUCCUCGAAACAAAGGGCGCACCCGAAUUUCCGCCCUCGGAUGCGCUGUAUUUAUGCGGGCCAAAGUACGAGGAAUACAGUAAAUAUGCUUCUCGCCUCGUUUUUGUCGUGUCCGGGGUCUUUGUCGCACAAAUCAGUCUGCUGCUACGUCAGAUCAAAGAAGCAUCGACACCUUCCACACGAAGCCGGGUUAGCUUUUAUACCAUUGCAUUAAUGGCGUUUGGAGAUGCUUUCAUUCUCACAUUCAUCCUCUGGGAGCUCUAUGCAGCUGUUUCCUACUUGGUUUUGGCAACAGCUUGCUUCUUGGUCUUCCUCUCUGUCAGUUACAUCGGGAUGAAGUUCAUGAUGGAGAUCUGGGCUGUCCAGGAGCCGGAGCGCCGUGAAGAAGAUCGACCAUCCAAUCCACCGGCCCCUACAACACGCCCUGGAACUCUUCCACCUCCUGCGACUGCCGCGGUGCGGGACUCCAGUGCAACACCCAUCAUAUUGACGCCGGACCAAGACCCCACUGACGAUGAUAUGGAACCGGAGCCGGCGCCUGCCAAUCGAACCACUCCGCCUUCACCUAGACAGAUGCGUGCAGAUGUGGGUGCUAUGUAUGCCCGAUUCUAUCUCGCGUUGUUUGGGAUGCUCAUUCUGUCGAUUUGGGCUUUCCUUCUACCCAGGCGUCUAGGGGAUAUUUAUGCCCGGCUUUUGGCAUCGGUCUACCUCUCAUUCUGGGUCCCGCAAAUUUACCGCAACGUGAUGCGUAAUUGCCGUAAGGCUCUGCGAUGGGAUUUCGUUGUCGGUCAGAGUAUUCUCCGCCUGUUCCCUUUCCUCUACUUCCUCACGGCUAGUGAAAAUGUGCUUUUUAUCCGGCCUGACUGGACCACCGCAUUUUCGAUGGCUGGAUGGAUGUGGAUUCAAGCUUGGGUGCUUGCUAGUCAAGACAUCCUGGGCCCGCGCUUCUUUGUUCCACGGGGAUGGGCGCCACCCGCAUAUGAUUACCAUCCAAUCUUGCGAGAUCAUGCUAGUCCCGAUGAUGAUCUCGAGGCAGGCGGCGUUCUGUCUAUCGAAUCACUUCGAGCUGACAAGCAGGAUCUGGUCGAUGCCAAGGAUGAGGAUAAGCAACGAUCCAAGGAUCGCAAGCGGGUGAUGUUCGACUGUGCCAUUUGCAUGCAGGAUAUCGAGGUCCCCGUGCUUCCCGCGCUUACUUCUGCCGGCGGAAGUAGCGUGACUGACGGGGCUACGAGCCUCUUGAGUCGUCGCGCAUACAUGGUAACUCCUUGUCGACAUAUCUUCCACACUGCCUGCUUGGAGAGUUGGAUGAGGCUCCGUCUGCAGUGUCCGAUUUGCCGUGAAUCCAUUCCCCCUGUGUAG